AUGUUACAUAGCGGUUGCUAUAAUACAUAUAACUUAAAUAAAGAUAAAUUACAUAAUUAUGUAAUAAAAAAUUUUAAGUUGUUAUUGAGACAAAAAAAUUCAAGAACAAUUAUUAAUGAUAAUAAUAUAAUGUGCAAAUAUGAGAAAAAGGAAAAUAUAUUUAAAGUUUUUAAUUCAAAAAUUAUAUUUUAUGAGCCUUUUGUUGACAUUUCUACUUUCACCUUAUGCCCAGUCUAUCCAAGAAAUUUUUAUUUUAAAUUUCAUUUAGAUUGGUUUAUUUCCUUAAUUUUUGUUAAGAAAAUUAACAUAUGUAUUUAUAAAGCUUUAAAAUUAAUAUUAAGUUCCAAUUUUUUAACCUUUCUUUUAAUUGUUGCAGAAGUUGUUGCCUUCGCAGAAUCUCUUUUUGGAUAUUAUAUAUUAAUAAUAUUUAUUUGUAAAAAAAUUAUUAUUCCACUAUUUAAAGUUAUUUGUUCAGGAAUUGCUAUUUUUUUAACUUUUAAAUACUUUGUUCUUUUUAUUAUUCACAUCAGGUAA